AUGUUAUUGGUUAGAACGCACGAAUUCCCGGAGAUCAAGCCGUCGACAACUUACCCGGAAAAACUUCCUCAUAGUGACCACAUGAUCUGGGGUUCAUCGGUUAUCGGUCUCAACCUCCGAUUGGAUAACUCGAAUGGAAACCAUCGAAUGCCCUUUUUGAAACCUGAGAAACUGAUGAAACUAUUUAUGCGCCCAUUUCACGGUUUACUUGGGACAACAAAGCGAGCAAAGAUCAUUUGCCGAGAAAAAAAACAACCAUCAGCUUUGGAAUUCCGUAGAACCUCCAAGGAUGGUAUGAAUGAUGUCAUAGACAUUGCCAAAAUUCGGAAUACAUUACCAGAGAAGAAACAACAACGAACAGCACUACCAUUCUAG